AUGUACAAUCGACUCCGACAUCGAACAGCGUCAGCAGAUGAGGAGGGAGGCGUCUUAAUUGGCUUCAAUGCCAUUGACAUUGACAAUCAUAACACUCACAACACUUUUCACGAAUACAACCACAAUAACUUGGCGGCAGCAAGCCCUCCGAGAAUCAAGUCACCCUAUCAUCGACCUAAUCGGCAUCGAACGGGAUCAGUCAACUCUGUGAAUUCUCUGAAAUCUCAUCGAAUUCCCUAUCGAUCCUCAAGGGGGUACAGCUUUUUUGUUGGGUUUCUGGUGGUCGUGGCGAUACUCCUUGUGAGCGGCAUUGGAUACUCAGUCUUUUCCAUAUUUCAUGUGGCAUUAAGGGGCCGACCGGCUUGGCUCUAUGGUCAGCCCCUGUUGAUGCAGCAUGUGGCUGCUUGCUUGGUGGAGGACGAUCAUGAUCCGCCAUUGCCACCACGCGUCUUGUGGGAAUGGCACAAUUAUACUACUACAACCACGAAAGAACAGCAGCGGCAUGAAGGAGGAGGACAGACAAGGCUACUGAUUGCUCAAUAUUCGGGGUUUGGUGAAUAUGCUCAGUUUCUGAAUUGGAUCAGCCCGGUUCAUCAAGAAUACGCUCGAAAACACGGGUACGACUACGUCAUUCUGCAAGGGACACUGCUGGACUUUCCGGGCAUCCAGCAGGAUUGUUUUUCCAAUUUGCGAGCCACCUUUAACAAAAUCCCAAUCCUGGAAAUGUCCUACACGGUUCGGCACAAGUACGACUAUGUAUUGGUGUUGGAUACCGACGCCAUGAUUGUCACCACCAACCACCACGAGAAUGACAACCACCACAAUCGGUGGUCCGAAUUGUUGCCUUCCAAUCAAUUGCUUGCCGCCCAAAGGGUCAUGAGGUAUGAUUCCAGCAAUGCCUGGGACAUUAAUGCGGGAGUGACCCUCUGGAAUCUACAUCAUCCAGACUUCUACAGCUUGGUUCAACGAUGGAAAAGUAUGUCUCAGUUUGGAAGUAUGGAGCCUGACCCACCCAAAGACAAGCUACGGGUACAUUUGGAGAACAUUUUGACAAAGAAUGACGAUCAAUAUUUUCUGCAAACGGCCUUGCUUGAUGCUUACAGCUGGUGGAACCGACCGGUGGUUGCGGUCAUCGACGAGUUCAAUUACUAUCGUGGAACUCUGGUCAAACAUUUCAAACGAGACAAACGAAGUUGGUCCACCACUGGACUGGAACAACGAUUGGAGCGAGUGAAAGAGGCCAUUCGAGAGGUUUGCAUUUCUCAACGAAAAGGAAUCGCGUAUUGCUUGAGUCAACAAAGCAAGUCGGAAAUUGACUAUUCGAUACGUGAACCACCACCAGUAACGGCUUGGGUUUGA